UGAAACAGAGAGCUGCAGAAACUGGUAAACGUAUUUAAUUUUCACAACCUCCAACCCACCUCCCCUUCUUAUUCUUUACUUUCCUUCUCUGGUUCUACACAGUCUCUCAUAAGCCCUAAAAAAAAUUCACAUCCUUGUUAAAUGGGUUCACUUCCCAAACCCUAAACCAAGCAAAACUCAGAUUCAUCUUAAAGCCACCCAGUAAUGGGCACAGUUUGCUGUUCUAGCUAUUUCAAAAUCCUUACUUUCCUCAUUUUCUGCUUCAAAACCAUAUCAGCAGACCCAAGCACCUCCUUUUUCUUAAAGAGAUUUGAUAAAGAUCCGAACUUUGAGUCCCGCAUUGCUUUAUAUGGAGAUGCAAAGGUUGUUGGUGGUGGUUCUUCGGUUCAACUCACUGCCUCAGUGAGUAAAAGUGCAGGGCGAAUCAUGUACAAGAAACCCGUUAAGCUUGUUGAAGGUAAACCUAGGCAAUUGGCUUCUUUCUCCACCUACUUUUCAUUUUCAAUGUCCAGCGAUAAAGGUGAUGGUUUGGCCUUUGUUAUGGUCGCUAGCGGUUUUGAUGCCAAUGUUUUUGGUAAUAGCUCAUUUGGGUUUCCUAUAGAAUCAGGAAAAAGUGAUUCUAGGGUUAUUGUUAUUGAAUUUGACACCUUCAAGGAUGCUAGGGUUGAUGACUUGAAUGAGAAUCAUGUGGGAAUUGAUGUUGGUAGUCUUAAAUCAGUGAAAGUGAGAAAUGCUUCAGCUAUCAACGAUAUGAUAUUGAAUAGCGGUGAAAGAUUGCAUUCUUGGAUUGAUUAUGAAGCAGGUUCAAAGAGAUUAGAGGUUAGAUUGAGUAAGUUUGGUGAUAAAAAGCCAGUUGAUCCAUUGCUCUCACAUCCAAUUGACUUAACAAAAAUGUGGCAAGAUAAUGAGGAAAUGCUUGUGGGCUUAAGCUCUGCGAAUGGAAAUUCUUCUCAGACUUGUUUUCUCUUUUCUUGGAGCUUCAAUCUAAGGCAUAUACCACAUAGGACGCAUUCGCAGCCGCUUGACCCUGAAGCUUUCACUAAGAAGCUAAAACCUCCUGUAAUUCACAAGAGCAGUGUCUGCAUUGUGAAAAUGCUUGCUGCAAUGGUAUUUGGUGCUGCCUGUGGAGCACUAGGAGCAUUUGUUGUGUUGUAUUUGUGGACUAUAUUCGGGAAUAGGCGGCCGGUGGUGCCAGAGGAAUUUGCUGCACAUCAUGUGGAUUUUGAUGUCAAGAAAGUUAAGGUAAUAGUAGACAAAGCCAUCAAAGAUGGUAAGAAACUAAGUGCUUGAAGUGGGCUUGGUGUUGAAUGUUUUGAAUUGUAAAUUCACUUCCUUUCUGUACUUGGAUCUGCAGGUUUUGUUGAUGUGAAUUUAGCUGAUGAUCAAUAAGUCAGAUUGUGGGCUAGUGCAUUACUUAACUCCACUUAUAUAUAGCCUUAUCUAUUUUCACCAGCUCCAGAUCUGUAAACUUUGCACUCUUCUGCCUUUACAGAUAACUGGAUUCAUUUAAACUUUCCAUUCU